UAAGAAGCAGUCCUGGCAGCGCAUGUUAGUUUUAUUCCUCGGCGCACCUUCUGCUCCAUCACUAGACGAUGCACCCCGGUAACUUCUAACAGCACCGGACUUGCCGCACACAUGAGACACCCUGGACUACUAAGGUCAUCUUCAUAGACAGGUAAUGGAUCCAGUGUGACUGCUACAACACCAUCCUGCCCAGCUGGCCUGUAUAACUCUGUAGCUAUGGCAACUUGUCCAAGAGGCUGCGCACCAGCGGUGCGCCUUUGUCAGAGACUGAACCGACUCAAGACACUGGAUGAUGACAUGAUGGCCACGUCGCUGAAACGCUGCCUCUCCACCCUGGACCUGACUAUGUUGGGUGUUGGUGGCAUGGUGGGCUCUGGGCUUUAUGUCCUGACAGGAACAGUGGCUAAAGACAUGGUUGGGCCUGCUGUCAUCAUAUCCUUCCUUUUUGCAGGUUUUGCUUCUCUAUUGGCUGCCUUCUGUUAUGCAGAGUUUGGAGCACGCAUUCCCAAAACAGGAUCUGCCUACAUGUUUACCUACGUGUCUGUGGGAGAGGUCUGGGCUUUUCUCAUUGGUUGGAAUGUGAUUCUGGAGAACAUGAUCGGUGGCGCUGCUGUGGCACGUGCCUGGAGUGGCUAUCUGGACUCCAUUUUUAACCAUGCUAUCCAGAACUUCACAGAAACACACAUUAUGCAGUGGGAUGUGCCCUUCCUUGCCCAUUAUCCUGACGUACUUGCAGCAGGGAUUCUAGUAGUUGCCUCGUUCUUCAUUUCCUUUGGAGUUCAAGUGUCCUCUUACCUCAACCACAUCUUCUCCACCAUUAGUAUGGGUGUCAUCGUCUUCAUACUGGUGUUCGGCUUUGUGCUGGCUGAACCAGCCAAUUGGAGCCAGAAAGAAGGAGGCUUCGCACCUUUUGGGUUGUCUGGAAUACUGGCAGGCUCGGCCACGUGCUUCUACGCGUUUGUGGGCUUUGAUGUAAUCGCAUCCUCAAGUGAGGAGGCAAAGAAUCCGCAGAAAGCUGUUCCCAUUGCCACCGCGAUCUCUCUUGGACUGGCAGCAACAGCUUACAUCCUGGUCUCCACAGUGCUCACACUAAUGGUACCCUGGCAUACACUGGACCCCAACUCAGCUCUGGCAGAUGCUUUCUUCCGCCGUGGUUACAGUUGGGCUGGAGUGGUUGUGGCAGUAGGUUCUAUCUGUGCCAUGAACACUGUGCUGCUCUGUAAUCUCUUCUCCCUCCCUCGGAUUGUUUACGCCAUGGCAGAGGAUGGAUUGUUCUUCUCCUUUUUUGCACGCGUCAAUCCCGUCACCAAAGUCCCUGUCAAUGCUAUAUUGGUGUUUGGAAUCCUCAUGGCCACCAUGGCUCUCAUCUUCGACCUGGAGGCCUUGGUUCAGUUCUUGUCCAUCGGCACACUCCUGGCGUACACCUUCGUGGCAGCGAGUGUUAUUGUGCUGCGCUUCCAGCCUGACAAAACCAGCUCCAAGGGAACCGCUUCCACAUCUCCCAACCCCAACGCUGAGCCUUCCCCUGCCCCCUCAGAGUCUCAGACCAUAACUGAGGACAGCGGGGAGCUGAAGCAGUACGAGUCCUUCUCUGACAAACUCCAGCUGGUGGAGAGGCAGAAGACAAGAGAACGGCGUGGGGUGGGGCAGUUGAAGGCUUACUGGGAACCGUACCUGGGCAAGCUGCUGGGGGACUGUGAGCCGGGCGAGGUGGUGGCCUUCUGUGUGCUGACUCUGAUAGUGAGCUCAGUGUCCCUCUGUGCUGUGCUGGAAUUCGGUACCAAACAGCUGCAUCUGCCGCUCUGGAGCUUCACCAUGCUGCUGGUGAUUUUUAGCUUAGCUUACGUCCUCAGCCUGGCGCUCAUAUGUGUUCAUGAGCCGCAGACCGACAGCAAAACAUUCCAGGUACCUUUGGUUCCAUUGACUCCAGGUGCCAGUAUCCUCAUUAAUGUAUUCCUCAUGAUGAAGCUCAGCCCUCUAACCUGGAUUCGAUUCACCGUGUGGAUCGCCAUAGGUCUCUUUGUGUAUUUCGGAUAUGGGAUCUGGCACAGUAAGGAAGGCAUGCGGGAGCUGCAGCCCAAAGACAUGGCCGCCCGGUAUGUGGUGCUACCCAGCGGCAGCCUGGUAGAAACAGUGCAGUCUGUCCAGCCCGAAGGUCAAGUGGACACCCCGGUGCACCACAUCAACGCCUCCACCGCCUCGACAGCCGAGGACUAUGAAGGAAAGAGAUGAUGUGUGACCAAAGGCGGCCACCAUUACAACCGGCUGGUUUCAUCUGUUGUCUCCCACUCAUAACGCUGUACUAUUACUAGUGUACUCUCCGUAUCUCACUCCUUUUAGUGUGUGACUGGCCUGCCACAGUCUGUACUCGUUGCUCUGCAAAUGUAAGCACACCACAGGAUGGGAUGCACGCUCUCUGUCUCGUCGUGAAGCAUAUUUGUAUAUCUUGUAAUACUCGAAUGUACAGUAGAGAGCUUUAUUACUGUCCUGUAAACUUCUUGCAUCAAAGUUGGGUUAUAUAUCCUUUAAGACCAGCUCUUUUCUUGCAAUCUUGCCAGUUUGUCAGAAUCCACAUGCUUAUAUCCGGUGCUUUCUUUGUGACAAACUGUACUUUUAGUUUGUAUAUUCAGCGAAUGAUUUAAAAAGAAAUCAUUUUAACACAAACCUGGAGCUGGAAAAUCACCAUUCACCAAAAAUAUAAUUCUGUUGUUAACAAGGUAAAAGACAACCCACUGCACGAUAUCAUCUUGAGUAUAGCAAGCAUCCAUUUGUUGCAUGUUUUUUUUAGUUAAACAGACGAAUGCACAGACUUUUGUGAGUUUACAUUUUCACUUUUUUACUUCUCCUCCGCCGCCUCAGGAGAAACUGCAGGCUCUUUUAAUGUGGAUCCACUUAUACCUAGACUGCCCUACUUAUAGUUUCUACUGUCAAGUUAUUUAAUCCAAUAUGUUAAUAUAUGUAUUUAUUUUUCUAUUGUUACUAUUCUUUUUUUGUGUGUUUUUGCUCUUAUAUGGAUCCCAUGAGCUUUAUUUUUUGUGUUUUCUGUUCCUGUUCUUGUGUUUGUGUUAUAUGAAUAAGCACUACGUUUUAUAUACUUUUAGUGUAGGAUUAGUCUCCGUAAAUCAUUUGUGUUCAGCUUUUAGUUGGCUGAACAACACUUCAGUGCUUCACGUAAUCUAAAUCUCAUCCCGUGACCCUGUUCUCUCUUGUGUCACUGAUCUUACACUUGUGCAGGUUUUUUCUCACGCACCUUUAGACACCAAAACUUUCUCCUCUCUCUCUCUCUCUCUCUCUCUCUCUCUCUCUCUCUCUCUGUUGUCAUGAGAUUAUGAGAUGUCAAAGCACAUGGAUUAUUGAGGUUUUAUAAUAUCGUUUUAUUUUAUUGUGAUUGACUGAUUUUCCUGAGAUAACCUGAGAGAUAAUUAGAUUAUUGGAUAUAUAAGUCAAGCACAAACCUACUGAUUGACUGGACUCUUCACACACAGGGUAAAAUAUGGGCAGGCAGGCAGACGUUGAUGGGCCUCCGUAAUCCCAGCAGAUUUGGAGCAGUCCCUGUCGCCAGUCUGCAGUUUGACCUAGAUCAGAGAAAGGCACACAUGAGAACAGCUCAUAUUAUACAGAUAACAUUCCCACAGCAGCAGUGACAAAAAAUGAACACAAGGAUUUUUUUUUUUUUCACAAAUAUACAUUUUUAUUCUGUUUCUCACCUUUUUUCAUUUCAGUUUGUAUUUGCAUGUGUUACAUAAGAAACCAAUGGCCUUAAACAUGUUGUAAUCAAUGCAGACUGACUUCCAAAGCUAAAGUAGUCUGAAUGGUUUAGUUGUUUAAUUUAUGUGUCUGUUAGAUAAAAACUCUUAUACAGGACGUCAUGCUUUCUAAUUAUGAAACCAAAACACAAACACAGAGGAGAAUGUACCGUAAGAGGCAUUUUGGCAUAGUUACAGAAAGGAGUAGGGUUCAGGAGAAUUUUGUACAACUUUGCACACCAUUUGAAAACUAUUGUCUGGUAAUUUUGUGUCACAGUUAUGCUUUUGAUGUCAGGGCCAGCGACAGAUAUAAAUACUGUGGUGCUUUUUUUAGGCUGAUCGUUCUCUCACCUCUUUCUCUGUCUUUUUUGUGCCAGGACGCACAGUUACAAACGAUCCAGUUCUUUUCUUACUACUGAAUAGCAUUGUACUUGCACAUUAAGGUCUCUGAUCUUUCUGUUAUUGUGUAUGUCUGUAUAAAAUGCAACGACCGUGGUAUUAAAUAAAAAAUAAAUGUUUUGAAGCAGCAUUUACAAAAAUCUAAA